AUGACGCAAGCGUCGACCAUGCCAUCGAGCAGACUCACGGCCUGCGCCAUCCACAGCUCCCUGCAACCGUUUGCCAAGCUGAUCGGCGAAUGGGAGGGAGAGGGCUCAAUGAGCCUCUACACUCAAACCACCUACCCCUGCUCCGAGAACAUCUCGAUUGGCCACGUGGGACAACCGUCAUUCUGGUACAGUUCACGAGCCUACUCCGGAGGCGCAUUCCGACACCGUGACAUGGGCUUCAUGUUCUUCAACCAAGAAACAGGUCAGAUGGAGCUCAUGACCAGCGACAACACAGGUCACGUGCACAUACUGAAGGGACCGGCGAGGAAUGAGCACGGAAGGAUACACAUCGUGCUGGAAACAGAGCUCACAGAAGGCCAUCCGCUUCCGAAGAAGCCGAAAAUGCUUCGAGUGCGCAGGGAAAUCGCCCUACUCGACAACGAUACCUUGACACAAAAGGUGUUUAUGGCUACCGAGAAGAAGACUGACAUGACUCUGCACACCAACAUGAUUUACAAGCGCCUGCCCAAGUUGCCUGGUAGUGGCGAUCUUUAG